AUGCCGGAAGAGCCUCCGAAUAAGAAGCGUGUGGAUGCCAUGGCUAACUGGGCAGGUAAGGCCAGUCUGCCUGACGAGCUUGAUGAAAUCGAGGUGUACGGGAGUGAGGCUCAGUCAGGCACUCAGCUGGCUACAUACUCGUUUGAGGUUUGUGACAGCAUACUGAACAUAGGACCCUGUGUCAGCACCUCCAUGGGAGAACCGGCCUUCCUGUCUGAAGAGUUUCAGACUAACCCAGAGCCGGAUCUGGAGGUGGUGGUGGGCUCGGGAUUCGGCAAGAACGGAGCGCUCUCUGUACUGCAGUCUCCACCAGAGGGCGAUGGCGAGGGUCCUGAGGAGGAGAAGCGCGAGCCCACAGUAGAGGAUGACAAGAACAAACACGGCUUCCUCAUCCUCAGCAGAGAGGACUCCACCAUGGUAAUCAAAAGCUAUCCUGCAGAUGGGUCAGGAGAUUUGGGUCCCACUGUGUAUGCGGGCAACAUCGGAGACAAUAAAUACAUCAUCCAGGUGUCUCCUAUGGGCAUCAGACUGCUAGAGGGAGUGACGCAGCUCCACUUUAUCCCUGUGGACUUGGGCUCUUCCAUAGUGCACUGCUCUGUGGCCGAUCCAUACAUGAUCAUCAUGACAGCUGAGGGAGUGGUCACCAUGUUUGUGCUGAAGAGCGACUCGUACAUGGGGAAGAGCCACCGCCUGGCACUGCAGAAACCACAGAUCCACACGCAAUCCCGUAUUAUUACGUUAUGCGCUUAUCGUGACGUCAGUGGCAUGUUCACAACUGAGAACAAGGUCAGCUUCCUGGCCAAAGAGGAAACUGCCAUCAGAGCCCAGUCAGAUACAGAGACCAUCAUCCAGGACAUCAGUAAUGCGGUGGAUGAUGAGGAGGAGAUGCUGUAUGGGGAGUCGAACCCUCUGAGCAGCCCCAGUAAAGAGGAGCCCAGCCGCAGCUCUGCAGCACUGAACUCCACUCAGACAGGAAGAGAGGGCAGACAGGAGCCGUCACACUGGUGCCUGCUGGUCAGAGAGAACGGAGUCAUGGAGAUCUACCAGCUUCCUGACUGGCGCCUGGUUUUCCUGGUGAAAAACUUCCCUGUUGGUCAGCGUGUUUUGGUCGACAGCUCUGCUAGCCAGUUGGCUACUCAAGGCAAGCUCAAAAAGGAGGAAGUGAUGAGGCAGGGAGAAAUCCCAUUGGUCAAAGAAGUUGCUCUCGUGUCUUUAGGCUACAACCACAGCCGUCCUUACCUGCUGGAACAUGUUGAUCAAGAGCUUCUCAUCUAUGAGGCCUUUCCCUACGACCAGCUGCAGGCUCAGAGCAACCUGAAAGUGCGCUUCAAGAAGAUGCCUCAUAACAUUAACUUCAGAGAGAAGAAGUCAAAAAUGAGGAAGGACAAGAAGCCUGAUGGUCAGGGAGAGGAGACUCUGGGGUCAAAGGUCGAGUGGCCAGAUUCAGAUACUUCCAGGACAUCUCGGGAUACUCUGGGCAUUGAUCUGGAGGAGUGGGAGCAUGUGACGUGUAUGAAGACGGUGGCUCUGAAGAGUCAGGAGACUGUGUCAGGCCUGAAGGGAUACGUGGCCCUGGGCACGUGCCUCAUGCAGGGAGAGGAGGUCACCUGCAGAGGAAGAAUCCUGAUUCUGGACGUGAUUGAGGUGGUGCCAGACCCCGGUCAGCCCCUCACCAAGAACAAGUUUAAAGUGCUGUAUGAGAAGGAGCAGAAGGGGCCCGUCACGGCUCUCUGUCACUGCAGUGGAUACCUGGUGUCUGCCAUCGGACAGAAGAUCUUCUUAUGGAGUCUGAAGGAUAAUGAUCUGUCCGGCAUGGCCUUCAUCGACACGCAGCUCUACAUCCAUCAGAUGCACAGCAUCAAGAACUUCAUCCUCGCCGCUGAUGUGAUGAUGAGCAUCUCUCUGCUGCGCUACCAGAAGGAGAGCAAGACGCUCUCGCUCAUCAGCAGGGAUGCAAGGCCCCGGGAGGUUUACAGCGUAGAGUUUAUGGUGGACAACAACCAGCUGGGCUUCCUGGUUUCAGACAGAGACAAAAACCUGUCGGCCUACAUGUACCUGCCAGAAGCCAAAGAGAGUUUCGGAGGCAUGCGUUUGCUGCGGAGAGCCGAUUUUAACGUGGGCGCGCAUGUGAACGCCUUCUGGAGGAUGCCGUGCCGUGGCACUCUGGACCCUGCCAGCAAGAAGGCACUCACCUGGGACAACAAGCACAUCACAUGGUUCGCUACGCUGGACGGUGGCGUCGGCCUGCUUCUGCCCAUGCAGGAGAAGACGUACCGCAGACUGCUGAUGCUGCAGAACGCCCUCACCACCAUGCUGCCGCAUCACGCGGGGCUUAACCCAAAGGCCUUCAGGCCAGAUGGGACAUUUCUACAGUUCUUUGUAGCCUCUGUGAGCAUCUGCUGCAGGAUGCUGCACUGUGAUCGGCGGACGCUGCAGAACGCGGUGAAGAACAUCCUGGAUGGAGAGCUGCUGAACAAGUACCUGUACCUCAGCACCAUGGAGCGAAGCGAACUGGCCAAGAAGAUCGGCACAACCGCAGACAUUAUCCUGGAUGAUCUUCUGGAGAUCGACAGAGUAACUGCUCACUUCUGAAGAGCUCAUGAUCCUCUGCCCACUGUUUUAUAUUCCA